AUGAAUGCAUUUUCCAGUGAUGCUUCUUUUGAGAUCAUUUACAGGCCCAAAUAUCUAAACCUCAGCCUUCCAGAGGAAGGAGUGCUUUUGGAGGAUUACUUCACCGAGAAAUUUGGUGCAGAUAAGGCAAAAAAGUACAUGGAAGAGACACCAAAGUACAUGGCUAACUUGGUAUGUAAAUUUUGUCAGUUGGAAUUAUGGCUUGACUUGCUCGUUUUGUUUCCAAACUUUCAUCCUGUCAAUAUGGAAAAAUGCCUCAGGUGGUUGAUUCUGGUAAAAUGAGGCUUAAAUCCAGAAAUAAAAACAAUCGAUGUGGACCUUGUGGUCUUUGAAAAGACUGAUUCCAAGGUGGUUUUCUAGCGAAAACUACUGACACAAUUAACAAUUAUUGUAACUGUGUAAUAAACAACUUCUAAGAGGAGAUUGGAGCAACAGUUAAAGCAAGAAGGUGGCUGAAAAACCUUUUAACCCAUUUAUGCUUCAGCUGCAUAUGACUGGAAGAACACAAAGAUGCGAACCCCUCGAGAUCUAAAAUCUGAAGACCUUUUUUACUCUCUUGCAAUACCCUCCCCCCACACAUCAAUCACCCCCACCCUCGACAUAACCACAAUCUGAAUUGGUGCCCAAAUAAUAAAUAUGGGUGUGGCUUAGGACAUUAUAGUCUUAUAUGAAGUAUAUAUAGAACAUCAAAAUUCACUUACAAUGACUUACAUGACAAAAAAUGGACCUUUAAAGCAAUGACAAAAACGACGGCAGUGAUAAUGUUCCUAUUCUUUCAAACUUAAUCGCGUCUAUUUGGACUCGCUCAAUAUGUCAAAUGCACCUGGGACUUUUCCUGGACUUGAAUUCUUAAGGACUUUAUCCAGGUUCAAAAAGAGAAGUGAGAAUUCGUUGUCGUAUGUCCACGUCCUCCAUUAAACGUUGCAUUAGGAGGUUUCAUGUUGUAGUCGUGUAGUGGACGUCAAUGAACUGUACUAAAAAGCGUGAUGCAUGUGCAGAGCUGUUGUUUUGCUGAUAAAACCAAUUGUUUUCUGAAGGUGGCAUUGUGGUCGUUGUUGCAGUUGCUUAAGCUCCCUAUUAUUGUCGUCAAUAUUGAAAACAAUAUAGCAAAAAUGCUACAGAAGCCUUACCGUCUCCCUGCUAUGAUCACUAGCAUUUCUGAUAUCCAAAAUCUCCACUCUAAUCUCAAUAAAUUCCCUUAUGAAAAGGACUAAUGUCACUAGUUGAGAAAAAUGAUAAAAGAAUAAUUGUUUUAUCACAUUUUCUUGACUAAAAGUGGGAUUACUCCUUUUAAUAAGGAAAUGUAUUGAGAUACAGUAAGUUUGGAGAUUUUGGAUAUUGGUGCUUAAAGGGUUAAGAAAUGUUAGUUUUCAUUUGAGUGGAAAACCGGAGUACCCAGAGUUGUAAACUUCUUAGAGCAAGAGGCAGAACCAGCAAUAAACUCAAUCUAUACAGUUGUAGAUGUACAAUGUAUACGGUUCCACCUUUGGGAUUGAGCAUGAGGGUCUCUUAUCCGGCAGAGAGUGGCCUCACCACUGAGCCAUCAUUGGUCUCCAAACUGAAGUGAAGUGUUGGAAAUUGCGUAAAAUAUAAAAUAUAUCUACAUUUGAACCAAAUAUGGCUUUAAUAGGUAGAAGCUUGAAAUUAUAUUUUUUAAACCAUUCAUCAUCAUGGACUCCUUGCUUCGUCAAAACUUCUGAUUCAAUUAAUUAACAAUUCUUUCAGGGUAUUGAAUUCAAGCUCCCUAAGUAUAAGGUUCCUCCAACAAAAGCAUACUGCCUGGUUGACUAUGCCACUACAGUUGGUAAACAAGUCCAAACAGUUAAACAGCUGUAUAAGGCUUAUUAUGUUGAUGACAAGAGAAUUGACUCGGUGGAGACUCUAAAAGAAAUCGCCUCGAAGUGUGGCCUUGAUCCUGAAGAGGCAGUAAGGUAACUCCUCACAUAUACACCUUUUGCUCUCCAUCAUCAGGAAAUAAAUUUUAGUUAGCGUCAAGAUUUCAGUUGAUAUAUUAAAUGUGUAAUCAUUGCAGAAAUAAUAAUAAACAAACGUCUUAAUUUUUGUGUGGUCAAUAAAGAUUUUUACAUACUAAAGAUAAGGACAUUCAAUAAAUGGCAAUAAAUUUUCAACUUAAUUGAAAUGAUAUAAGCUCGAAUAAGCAUUCGAGAAAAAAAAGAAAGGUUAUUGCCUGGUUUACAAAUUGUUGAACGUAAACAAAAAUCAUAUAAAAGGGCCAUAGCAAAGGAAGGAUUAAACUUGAUUGUUGCACAAAGUUUGUGACCAAUAAAUGUGACCUGCAAUUAUCCGCUCACGAUGGCACUUAUGUCCAGGAUUGAACGGACUAGCAAAAAUUGGCCAGCAAAUUGUUUUCGCUAUUUUGGCAAAAAGGAUUUGAAGGGGACUGCUAUCACAAAUGUAUAGAGAAAAAAGCAAAUAAAACAAGAAUAACAAAUUCAACAAGGACCGCAAGCUGUAGCAAAAAUCUGUCGCAAUUUUUGCAAAAGCAUAUGUUUAAUAAAAACUGUUCACAGAAAUCGAAAGAAGUCUUCAAAAAUCGCAAAAGUAACAAGAAAUUUUAUUGCGACAAAAAAUAUCCUGAUAAAUAUCGCGAAAAUAACAGGAAUGACAAACUAAGCAAAAGUUCAGGCCCCAGUUGGUCAAAAGCUAGAUAUCGCUAUCAACCGGAUAAAUCACUAUCCAGUGGAUAAGUAUUAGGGAACCAAUUGCACUAUCCAGUGGAUAGAGAUUUAUCCGGUGGAUAACGCUAUCCACCGGAUAUAUCACUAUCCAGUGGAUAAGUAUUAGAAAACCAAUUGCACUUUCCAGUGGAUGGAGAUUUAUCCGGUGGAUAGCGCUAUCCACCGGAUAUAUCACUAUCCAGUGGAUAAGUAUUAGGGAACCAAUUGCACUUUCCAGUGGAUAGAGAUUUUUCCGGUGGAUAGCGCUAUCCACCUUUUGAACAACUGGGACCAGGCUUAUAAAGAAAAAUCAGGUAAAGAACCCUUAAAACCUGUGGAAAAAAUUCUUUACAUCUUUAAGCCUUUUAUUAUUGUAUUCAAGGUUCACUCUUGUUUUCUGUGCACCAUGAAACUGAUUCUUAAUAAAUAGAAUCAACAAAGUUAUGGAAAAAAUGCACGUAGAAUCAUGAAAGUUUUGUUUUGAUGUUGAUUUUUUUAGGCACAUCUCAAACCCUUCUGUAACAGCGCAAGUGAAAGAAACAGACGCAGAAGAACGAAAGGCUGGUCACACUUUUGUCCCCCACUAUGACAUCUGUAUAAAAGGGAAACCUUCAAAUCUAUUGUCUUUUGUCGGGCCCCAGACCGCUGAUACCUUCAAAGGUGCCUUCCAGCAGUUACUGGAAUAGCCUGGAAACUACUUGAAUGUAAAGUUAGCUGAGGAUAUCUAAAACUUCAGUUGAACUAAAUUCCCUCUAACGUCUACCCAAAAUGCUAAGAUUUAAAAUAUUAUAGUCCUUUCCAGUAGUUUUUUUAUUCAUCGAUACUGCUGAAAUUAGUAAUCGUGCUCAGUUUGAAAGUGUAAUAUGUUUGAAGCAAGCGAAGAUAUAAUAAUAGUUCCGUAAAGUGGUGUUGGUUGGUGGUGGUGGUGGUGUUUCUUGAGGUGUAGGGUCCCUCUAUGACAGAGGUUACAAAACUUGUUUGGUGACAUAGAAGCUUAUAGAUGAAUCAGAAGUUCAAAAACGUGAUAUCGAGUCAGUGUUUAUGUAAUGAUGACUUCGGGAAAACAUGAAUCCUGAUGUUUGAUGAAAUUGUAGGCAUGAACCUGUGUCAAUCACGUGUAGGAUGAGAAAACCGUGUUACGGU